UGUGUGUGUGUGUGUGUGUGUGUGUGUGUGUGUGCGUUAAGUAUUAUUUAAUCUCACGUUUUCCUGGAAAGGUCCGUGGUGACGCAUUCAGAGCGUAUUAUAAAGAGGCAGGAGAUCCUCCGCCUUGACAACAGCUUUGGGGAGAGACACGCGCACACUGCACGCAACUAUGGAAACCGUAGAGAUUAUCCUCACAAUGUUGGUGAUAUACAGCAGCACAGUGUCAUUUGUGCUCUCUCAAAACGAGACCACGUAUUUGCGAGAGAUUUCCCCUGGAAAGACAGUUUUGUGUAAACGCUGCCCUCCAGGAUACCGUCUACAGGAGCACUGCACGGAGAAGACGCAAACCGUGUGCAAGCCGUGUACUGUAGGAUAUUACACAGAGGUCUGGAACUACAUCUAUGAGUGUCUACCUUGCUCAUGGUGCCGGUCAAGUCAGUUCGAGGUACAGAAGUGCACGAGUACGACUAACCGCAAGUGUGGGUGCAAGGAAGGCUUUUAUCUCUACACCUCGGACAUCUGCCGGCAACAUACUGUGUGUCCAAAAGGACGCGCUGUCAUACAAAAAGGCACUCCAUUCAAAGAUACAGUGUGUGAGCUUUGCAAUUCAGAUGAGAGGCUUCUGCAUCGUGGCAUUAAUCAAAACGUGUGUGUUAGCUGCAGCAGUAUCGCAAACGAAGGUUGGGUUAAAUUCAUCAUCCAGCCUUUAUAGAAAUCUUCAAGAAUCACAGUACACGAAAGUU